AGAACAAUCACAUACAGUACAUAUUUACCGUUGAUAAAAGCUGGAACGCUAUGGUAACGGCAUAUGCUGAACAUCCACUAGGGAGUAAUACAUCAACUCAAGUAAUAACUGUACUUGCUCCUCCAGGUCCAAUUGAUGUGUCUGUAACCACCUCUUGUUAUAACAAUAAUAACAGUUUGCUGGUUAUGUGGACUGUGUACAGUAAUGGUGGACGUGACAUCAGCAAGUACACACUGAGAUGGAGGAAAGGUUGUAGUAAUACUCCAACUACAUUGCUCAACUCAAAGACAUGGAUGGUAUCGAACAAUGCUAGAUUUACACAGCAAGGAGGCAGUUCCAUAAUACCAGGACUGGAUGGUAACACAACAUAUUGUAUAGACGUUGAAGCAACAAAUAGUAUUGGGGCAAUGUCCGUGACAGUCAAAGCAACUACAUCGUCUGUUCCAAACCAGCCUGAACUUCAAUGUAAUCCCACAUUGACCACAAAUACAAGUGUAGCAAUAACGUGGGUAGUCAGCAGCAAUGGUGGUGAUGACGUCUCACAUUAUGCUGUAGUACUAAGUGAAGAUCUGAAUUUUAUUUGA